CUUCCCUCUCCUUUAGCCAUACCCUCUGCCGCAUCUCCCCUCUCCCAGCCAUCUCUAACUCUCUCUGAUCUCCCCCAAUCCCCCUCACAAUUCAAUAUGUUUUCUUCAUUAUUGCUUUCUGUAUCCAAUUUUGCAACUGGCACACCUGCGAGCAUCCACUGUCUCUUGCAAUUUGAUGGCGAAUGGGAUGCUAAUGGUGUUUUCUCUUACACACAUGCAUAUGAGAUUGACAUUCCUAUUCACGCUCCAUACCAAGCCCUGCUGGAGAUGAUUCCAUACCAAGCCCUGCUGGAGAUGAUUCGUAAUACGGUCCCGUCUUCUUAUGGAAAUUCUGUUUUUAUAAUUUCGUAUAUGUCUAAUUCAUGCGCAAGUCAUGUAGCCAUUAAUGAUGAUGCGAGCCUUCACGCCUACCUUCGUUUGAAGAGCACCUAUCCGUCGCUGCGUGACUUCCCUUUGUGCGUUGAAUUAUGUGAUUUUGCAGAAAGGAGUGUUUCAAAUGGAGGGUCAGUUCUUGGGGAAGUUCCACAGAUUUUCCUUGGCUAUCAUUCCAACCUAAACUCAGAUGCCCAGGAAGAAACUAAAUCGGACGCGUCGGUUCGUCAUGCUCUACAACAUGAAACCAUGCGAACUAAUGGGGAUUUGCAAGAAAUUAACUCUCUGAAGGAGAUGCGUGUUACUUCUCGGUUUGAUCCAACCAGGAUAGCCGUUGAUGCCAUAUAUGCUAGCAAAAUGGAUCUCGACUUUCAUUUGAAGAUGCUAGCAAUUUCCAACUGUUUCCAGUACCGCACCAGGACGUCAAAAAAAUCAGAGCUCCACGUUGUGUGUGUGGACUUCCCUCGGUGCAAAUGGGCUGUUCGGGCGGUGCGUUUACUGGGCGUUGACAUGUUCCAGAUACGUAGGUACAAUCGUGACCACCAAUGCCCAAUUGACGUUCGCCAAGGCACAACACGUCAGGCAACUUAUCACAUUGUUGCAGAGCUAGUAAAACAUAACUUUUGUGACGCAACAAUAAAGCCGUAUCCUCCCAACUCAAUUGUUACCGACAUGCGUAGGGAACAUGGGAUUGCAAUGACUUACAAGAAGGCAUGGGCAGCUUCCGAGGUAGAGUGUGACCGAUUCUUGCGAUAUCUCAGCAGCGAUGACCCAAGAAUUAUUGGAUACCUCAAAGCAAUCGGAAAAGAAAAGUGGGCAAGAUCGUGCUCAAAUAACCGUUUUUCAAUAAUGACUUCUAAUCUUGCUGAGUCGAUGAACAAUGUUGAUGUUAUCCCACGUGAAUAUCCAAUCUCACAACUUGUUGAUUUCCUAGUGGGGAGGAUGCAAGUUUGGUUCCAUAAACGCCGAGAGCUCGCCAAUUCAACGUCAUCUAUAUUGACAAAAUUUUACGAAGCAGAACUCAAGGAACUACACGCCGCUUCAACAGUCAUGGAAGUUAGACCAGCUUGUGCAUUUGAGUUCCUAGUAUUUGACAAGAACGGUCGGUCGUUCGUGGUUAAUUUUCAGAACCGGUCAUGCACCUGCUGUGAAUUCCAGUUGGACCAUUUCGUAUGUGUGCAUGCAGUUGCUGCUACUCGUUCUCGGAAAGGUUUGUCGUGCUACGACUACAUAUCAUCGUUCUACACUGCUGCUUCUUGGAGGGCUAUAUAUAGUGGGAUCAUACACCCAAUUCCUUCUAAAGAUUCAUGGGUUGUACCAGAUGACGUCACUCACACCAUUUGCCUUCCACCAUCUUGCUCCAAACGACCACCAGGAAGACCAAAGAAGCGCAGGAUCCCUUCAAAAGGUGAACAUGGGAAGCGGCAAACAUGCUCACGAUGCAAAUCAUCAGGACAUAAUCGGAAGACGUGUUCGAAUCCCAUUGCUUUAAGCCGUGCUUGACUUCUUUCACGAACAUGUUCAGUUAGUGUUUAAACAUUGAUUAAAGCGGUGGUCUUUUU